AUGGAUCAAGAAGAAGAACUUUAUGUUAGGUCUGACGAGGAUUCAAAGGCCUCUACGCCGAUACCUGAAACUACAGAAACAGCAGGAGCAUCCACAUCAGCGACAACAACAGCAACAGCAGCCAAGCCCAAGCGUCCAAGAAAGCGUUUUGUUGGCAGAGCUCAACAAGCCGGCAAAGCACCCACGGGUGAAGGAUCGAUUGAGGAGGCUGCCGUGGGUUUUGCCCGAGCUCCAAGGAGCAGAACCAGCCGAGUGGCUAAUCAGAUUCCAGAUGAGAUCCUGAAUGAUCCUCUUUUGAAUAAAGCUGUGGAGAGUUUUCCUUCCAACUAUAAUUUUGAAAUCCAUAAAACAGUGUGGAGAGUUCGCAAAUCAGGCGCCAAGAAAGUCGCUCUUCAAUUGCCUGAGGGUCUUUUGAUGUUUGCCUGUUUGAUUUCGGAUAUUCUUGAAGUAUUUUGCAACACGGAAACAUUGAUUAUGGGAGAUGUGACGUACGGUGCGUGUUGUAUUGAUGAUUACACAGCAAGAGCGCUUGGCUGCGAUUUCCUCGUGCAUUACGGCCACAGUUGCUUGGUGCCUGUCGAUAUCACAACGAUUGAAACGCUGUACGUCUUUGUCGACAUUGGUAUUGACACACAGCACUUUGUCGCGACGGUCAAAAAGAAUUUUGAAAAGGGCUCGCGCAUCGUCCUCGUCAGCACGAUCCAAUUUGCAGCAGCUCUCCAAGCGGCCAAACCGCUCAUCGACGAGGAUUUCACCACCAUCAUCCCGCAAUCCAAGCCUCUUUCACCGGGAGAACUCUUGGGAUGUACAUCGCCCAUCAUUAAAGAUAUGGAUUAUAUCGUUUGUAUUGGUGACGGUCGUUUCCACUUGGAAUCCAUGAUGAUUCAUAAUCCUGAUUUACCCGCUUUCCUAUAUGAUCCUUACGGCAAGACAUUUACGCGUGAAAGAUACGACCACCAAGAGAUGCAUUCACUGCGUAAGCACGCUAUUGCCCAGGCGAGUGAAGCCAAGAAAUUUGGUCUUAUUUUAGGAACGCUGGGUCGUCAGGGUAAACCUCAAAUCAUGCAGUAUCUGGAAAAGGCUAUCCAUGAUCAAGGAAAAGAAUGUGUCAACGUACUUUUGUCAGAGAUUUUCCCCGGUAAAUUGGAAAUGUUUGCUGAUGUCGAUGCUUGGAUACAAAUUGCUUGUCCUCGUCUUUCCAUCGAUUGGGGUUAUGCGUUCCCUAAGCCUCUUUUGACGCCCUAUGAAGCUUCUGUCUGUCUAAGGAAAAGUGAGUGGCAAGACGUAUACCCUAUGGACUUUUAUGCCAAUGACAGUUUGGGUCCUUGGACACCCAAUCACGGCAGAGGCACACCUCGUAAGAAGAAACCUGUGCCUGCCGUCGCUGCCCAUUAA